AUGAAACAGUUGUGGUAUCUUAAUCUCUCUCGUUCUUUUUUUCAAGGUAUUGUUCCUCCUCACAUUAGAAACCUUUCUAAUUUAAAGGUUCUUGAUCUAAGUGAAACCUAUGAGCUGAUGAUAGAUGAUAUGACUUGGACUUUUGGUCUUUCAUCACUCGAGCAACUUGACUUGAGUUUUAAUGAUCUUAGUCGAGCACAAAACUGGGACAUGGUGCUUUACAUGAUUCCUUCGUUAAAAAAGUUAAGUUUGUCAUCUUAUGGACUUUCCAAUGUUGAUAUUCGUCUUUCUAUUAAUUCGAGUAAAAUACUCCCCAACAUCGAUUCCUAA